GGGCGGGCGGCGCUCUCGCUUGCUGGCCGGACGGCGGGCGGGACUGAAAUGGUGCCUCCUCCGUCCUCGGCCCAUCUGCUCCUCCUGGCAGCCCUAGCGGGGUUCCUGGGUCCCAGAGAGGUGGUGGUGACUGUGCUGGUGGAGGAGGCAGGAGCCCGGUGUCCUGAAGGCCUGUGGCCUCUGCCCCCACAGGUGUUACCAAGAGUGACCUACACACAGGUGAGACCAGGACAGGCUGAGGGUGUUGCUUUCCUCUACCACCCCUGUGCCCACCCCUGGCUGAAGCUCCAGCUUGUCCUUCUGGCUCACAUUUGUGUAUCUAAGCCCACACUCCUCCCUGAUUCCAAUCUCAUUAGGGACCGGCCUCUGGUGCUGACAGCAUGGGGGAUGGCACUGGAGAUGGCGUGGGUAGAUCCAGCCUGGGCUGCCCACUGGCUGAAGAGGAGGCAGUGGCGGAAACAAAGGAAGAAAGCCCCAGCUUUGGCCUUUGCUCUGCGAAGCUGGAGGCCUCCUGGUGCAGAGGUGGCAUCCAGAGGUCCCAGGAGAUCUCCCAGUGGUGCCAAGAAGCGAGGCCUUCGUGCUGUCCUUGAAGUCCAGCCUACUUCCUCAGGCCUGAGGGGUGCUUCUGCUUCCCCAUGGAGUUUAAAGGCCCAACAGCCCAUUUUGGGAACGCUGGGUGAGGGAGAUAAUACCUCAUCUAUGCCCUCCGUUCCCUUGUUAUCCGGAGGACUUGGAGGAAAUGCCAGCUCCAGGACAGGAGCUCAAAUACCCAAAGGGCAGGGCCGCUCACAGAGCUGUGCCUGCCCAAGUCAGGCUUCCAUGGCCCCUCGGGCAGCGGCACCCCCCCGGGUAGCCCGGGGCCCCACCCCGCGCACGGAGGAGGCCGCCUGGGCCGCCAUGGCCCUGACCUUCCUGCUAGUACUGCUCACCCUGGCCACACUCUGCACACGGCUGCACCGAAACUUCCGCCGGAGCGAGAGCAUCUACUGGGGGCCCACGGCAGACAGCCAGGACACGGUGGCUGCUGUGCUGAAGCGGAGGCUGCUGCUGGCCCCGCGCCGGGUCAAACGCUCUCGCCGAAGACCCCUGCUUCAGCCCGCGCCGGACAGCGGCCCGGAUGGGGAGAGCUCCGACUGAGCGGCCCCAGCCCCGCGCCGUGCCCCGGCUCCUCCCGCCGAGCGGGCCACCUCUGCCACGUGGGCCUUUUGCCCGGGGGCCCCCUGGCGGCAGGCGAGGGGCUUGCCGGCCCAUUGCCGCGGCUUC